AAUCGGCGCCCAGCCCGAAAAUGCCCACAUUCCGCCGGUUUGGAGGAACGUAUGGGGCCUGAAAAAAAUCCCUGACUGACGAAGCUUCACCGCAUCCUCAACUGGAGGGUGUUUUUGUUUUUUAAAGAGUCGGGUGAGGCCUGGAAGACAAUUAAGAAGAGUGUGGAAAGUGCGAGUGGGGACGCUCCGGACGCGAGGGGCGGGGCGUGCGCGGGACAAAGAGAAACGAGGCCGGAGCUGCGGGCGCUUUUUCUGCCCGCGGUGUCUCAGAUUCAUUCUUAAGGAACUGAGAACUUAAUCUUCCAAAAUGUCAAAAAGACCAUCUUAUGCCCCACCUCCCACCCCAGCUCCUGCAACACAAAUGCCCAGCACACCAGGGUUUGUGGGAUACAAUCCAUACAGUCAUCUCGCCUACAACAACUACAGGCUGGGAGGGAACCCGGGCACCAACAGCCGGGUCACGGCAUCCUCUGGUAUUACGAUUCCAAAACCCCCAAAGCCACCAGAUAAGCCGCUGAUGCCCUACAUGAGGUACAGCAGAAAGGUCUGGGACCAAGUAAAAGCUUCCAACCCUGACCUAAAGUUGUGGGAGAUUGGCAAGAUUAUUGGUGGCAUGUGGCGAGAUCUCACUGAUGAAGAAAAACAAGAAUAUUUAAACGAAUACGAAGCAGAAAAGAUAGAGUACAAUGAAUCUAUGAAGGCCUAUCAUAAUUCCCCCGCAUACCUUGCUUACAUAAAUGCGAAAAGUCGUGCAGAAGCUGCUUUAGAGGAAGAAAGUCGACAGAGACAGUCUCGCAUGGAGAAAGGAGAACCUUACAUGAGCAUUCAGCCUGCUGAAGAUCCAGAUGAUUAUGAUGAUGGCUUUUCAAUGAAGCAUACAGCCACUGCCCGUUUCCAGAGAAACCACCGCCUCAUCAGUGAAAUCCUUAGUGAGAGUGUGGUGCCAGACGUUCGGUCAGUUGUCACAACAGCUAGAAUGCAGGUCCUCAAACGACAGGUCCAGUCCUUAAUGGUUCAUCAGCGAAAACUAGAAGCUGAACUUCUUCAGAUAGAGGAGCGACACCAGGAAAAGAAGAGGAAGUUCCUAGAAAGCACAGAUUCAUUUAACAAUGAACUUAAAAGGUUGUGCGGUUUGAAAGUAGAAGUGGAUAUGGAAAAGAUUGCCGCUGAAAUUGCACAGGCAGAAGAACAGGCUCGCAAAAGGCAAGAGGAGAGGGAGAAAGAAGCAGCAGAGCAAGCUGAACGUAGUCAGAGCAGCAUGGUUCCCGAGGAAGAGCCAGCUGCUAGUAAGACCCAGGAGAAGAAGGACGACGAAAGCAUCCCUAUGGAGACAGAGGAGACACACCUUGAAGAAGCAACGGAAAGCCAACAGAACGGUGAAGAAGGCACAUCUACUCCUGAGGACAAGGAGAGCGGGCAGGAGGGGGUGGACAGUAUGGCCGAGGAAGGGACCAGUGAUAGUAACACUGGCUCAGAGAGCAACAGUGCAACAGUGGAGGAGCCACCGACAGACCCCACACCAGAAGAUGAGAAGAAAGAAUAAAUGUUGCCUUGUUUUAUGUGUUCUAAAUACUUUUUUAAAUGAAAAAAAAAAUGUUUUUUGAGUUUUAAUGGUGUUAUGUGGUUUGUGUAUUAAUAUUUUUCUUGUCCAUAUCAUACCACCAAAGGCUUUUGGACCAUUUAGCAUCACGAGCCAAAUGGCACAGUCACCUUUCUUAAGCCGUUAUGAAGUUAGUUCUUUUCUUUGGGUCUUAUUUUUAGCCCUCAACUACUGAAAGCCUCAGAAUUUAAAUUAACUGAGAAAACGCCCACCUCUUUUAGAGAGUUAUCCUUUGAUGCUGCACAAUCUACUCUUAAAAAUGCCUUCCUACAGCUCACUGGGGUGCUUACCAAAGCCAUAGCUUUAAACCUCCCAGUCCCCAUCAACAGCCUCCCUGUAUUCUUCCACAAAGAGUAGCUUCUUGAAAAGGUAAUCAUGUAUGAAUAUGUAUUUGUUCACUUACCCUUUUUUAUUUUUAAUCAAUGUGGAGUACCAAGAGUUGUGUUAGGGUGUUGACUACAACUGAGUUUGGGUCUUACUGAUCCAGAAAUAGCCUCCAUAGUUUGAGUAGUUACCAGCUUAUGAAGUAGUCAUUAAAACGAACAUGGAGCAUACACAUUAUGUAUACUGCUUUUUGUUAUAAUUCAUACCGGGUGUGUUCUGAUAAAUUCAUCCUUACUGUACAGAAAAAAAAAUUACUUUUUUACCAAGUUUUCCAAAGACAGAAUAGAUCACAAAGCUUAAGGAAUUGAAUAUUGCAGUGGACUAGACAACUUCAAAAUGCUUAGACCAUUCCAGGAGGAAAACAGCUGGGAAUUCAGUUCAUUCAUUUGAAAUUGUUCUACAAGAAUCAAAACUCAAAACCUCAAGGCUCAGGAUCCCAUAGAUCAGAGUCUACCUUUUUGAUAAACUCUUAGUAAAGUCUUGGAGACUAGAAACAAGAUAGUUUGUGACACGUAUGCUUCCCAAAAACUAGAAUAGAUUUUUACUGAAUAGUGGUAUAUCUAAUGGUAUAUGUUUCUUAAAGGUCCAAAUGUAAUAAAUAAGUGGAAAAAA